AUGAAUACAUACAAAUAUAAGCACUAUAUCAUAUACUCUCUUCCACCUUUCACCAUGUAUGGAUUCCCAAUCAUCUACACAGCCAUUCUCCUCCUCCUAUCUCCGCCCAACGCCGCCCUCCAAGAGCUACUGAGAGGAUUCACCGCCACCCCAGAUUCAUCACUACCAGUAUCAUCAUUCCAACCUCUACUCACUGAUUCCAUUGGUAACUACUCACUGGCUUUCCUCCGAGUUGAUCGAACUCACCUUGCUCUCGCCGUCAUCCACGUCUCGUCACAGGUGCCACUUUGGAUCGCUGGAAAAAGUCCUUUGGCUCCAUGGUCGUCCCAGACUCGUCUCUCGUUCAAUGGCAGUCUUGUCAUUUCACACUCGCAUACAGGGGUAUUCUGGUCAACUUACACAGACGGCCACCGUGUACGCCUCUCCAACACCUCCAAUUUAUUGAUCGAGAGCGAAGGGGAGUCUCCGGUUGUCGUGUGGCAAAGUUUUGACUUUCCCUAUAAUACCCUUGUGGAGAAUCAAAAUUUCACUAGUGCCAUGAAACUGGUUUCUUCAAAUGGGAUGUAUUCCAUGAAGCUGGGAUCCGAUUUCAUCGGGUUCUACGCCAGAUUUGCAACUAAUUCGGGUCCGGACUCGGAUCCCGGUCGUCUUUACUUCCAGCAUAAUCCCAUGGAAACCAAAGCUCACAUCACGAAAGGCGAAGGACCCAUCCACGCUACGCUGAGCCCAAACGGCUUCCUCGGCUUGUACCAAAACAGCUCGAAUCAGGUCGACUUGCAGCCUUUCAGCAGCUUCCAACAACCCGGAACUGGUAACCGAAUAAUCCGACUUGAACCCGAUGGAAACCUGAUCGGCUACUACUGGACCGGAUCCUCAUGGGUCGUGGAUUUCAAGCAAAUAGCUAACCCUUGUGAUCUACCCAGCUCAUGUGGAGCUUAUGGUCUAUGCCGGCCGGGAAACAGCUGUUCUUGCUUAGAUAACCGGAGAUCAUACAGUUCCGGCGACCAGUGUGAGACCUCCGGCGACGAUUUCUGCCGGAAAAGAUAUCGGGUUUUGAGAAGAAGUGGUGUGGAGCUAGCAAACAAGGAGAUAAUGGCGUACACGAUGAUGAGUUCUUUAGAAAAAUGUGAGCGUGCAUGUGAGGAGAAGUGCACAUGCUGGGGUGCGGUGUACAGUAACACAUCUGGAUUCUGCUACGCGAUAGAUUAUCCCGUACAAACAUUAGUCGAGGUUAUGGAUGAGACCAAGAUGGGUUAUUUUAAGGUGAGGGAGGGUGCAGGGAAAGAUAAGAUGGGGGUCGGGUUAUGGGUCGGGUUGGGAUCAUUGUGUGGGGUAGUUUUGUUAAUUUCGGGAGUUGGAGGGGUGGUUUUAUACAGAAAAGAAAGUAGAGGGGUGAAAGGGUAUGAAGAGGAGGAAGGGAUAAAUGGUGGUGUGGGUCCCUACAAAAAUCUGCGGUCGGCAAGUUCCAAGUCUAUAGAGUUAAGUGAGAGGUGA